AUGAUAGAAGCAAGGGAUCAGGUAGAUCAACAGAGAUGGUGGGAACCUAGAAAUGGAUCAUGUGAUGUACGGGAAGAUAAUUGGACUAAAAUUGGUUCACUCAAACAGGUAAUACCACCAGAUUUUCAGAUUGACACCAGCAUUGAAGAAGUAUCACACUUUAUGAAUGCAGAAGGCUGGGAUGUACAGAAAUUGCAUGACAAACAGCCAAGGAGUGCUUGGAAUUUGCUCAGGAAAAAGGCUCAAACAUCAGUUCACUUCUCAAAGUUGUGGUUCAAAGGAGUUCUAUUCAAAAUAUCAUUCUUCCUUUGGAGAUUGUGGAAGUUCAAAAUACCAGUGGAUGAUGUACUAAAGAGAAUGAAUAUCAGCAUUGUAUCUAGAUGUAGAUGUUGUCUGAACCCUCAUCAGGAGGAGACAGUUCAACAUCUAUUCCUAACAGGUGAAUUUGCAGCAGAAAUUUGGCAAUAUUACAAUGCUGCUGUGGGGAUAAUUAUGCCAAGGAUUCAGAUUCAUCAGACAAUAGUGCAAUGGUGGUAUAUGCAAGGUCCUACAAAACUCAAUUUAGUGAUGCAGGCUGCACCAGCAUUCAUAUGCUGGCAAUUAUGGAAGAGAAGAAAUACUAUCAUGCAUGGGGGUAAGAUGAAUAAACUAAAGGUGAUAAAUGGGAUCAACUAUAAUCUGCAACAACUGUUCAAGUGCAAUACAGAUGGGGCAUCUAGGGGUAAUCCAGGGUUGAGUUCAGCUGCUUUCUGCAUUAGAGAUGAGGUUGGAAACCUGAUAUAUGCUGGGGUAAGAAGAAUAUCUGAUACAACUAACAUCACAGCAGAAUCUAUAGCUAUAUUGGAUGGAAUUGAGUUCUGUAUUAAAAAUGAUCUGGUGCCUGUAAUGAUUGAAUCAGAUUAUCUGUCUAUGAUAAACAUUAUUCAAGGAAUAUGGGAGAUUCCAUGGAAGAUCAGUAUGGAAGUUAAGAAGAUCAACUUCUGGAGGAAUAAGGGACAAGUGCAGUUUGCUCAUAUCCUUAGGGAAGGAAAUGCACUUGCUGAUUUUUUAGCUAACCUAGUUUUUGAUUUUGCAGGUACAGUUCAGUUUCAUUCAUUUGCUGAGUUGCCAGCAGGUGCAAAGAAGAUUCUCAAUGUUGAUAAGAUGAUGAUUCCUAAUUUCAGAAGCAAGAUCUAUAGAAAUAGAGAACCAGACUGA